AUCUACAAUGGAAGACGAAGUUGCUGCCCUCGUUAUUGAUAAUGGUUCCGGAAUGUGCAAAGCCGGUUUCGCUGGUGAUGACGCACCUCGUGCUGUCUUCCCAUCCAUCGUUGGCCGCCCUCGCCAUCAAGGUGUGAUGGUCGGUAUGGGACAAAAGGACUCAUAUGUUGGUGACGAAGCUCAAUCCAAGCGUGGUAUCCUUACCCUUCGCUACCCUAUCGAGCACGGUAUCGUCACUAACUGGGACGAUAUGGAAAAGAUCUGGCAUCACACCUUCUACAACGAACUCCGUGUUGCUCCUGAAGAACACCCCGUACUCCUCACAGAAGCACCUCUCAACCCCAAGUCCAACCGCGAGAAGAUGACUCAAAUUAUGUUUGAGACCUUCAACUCCCCUGCUUUCUAUGUCUCCAUUCAAGCUGUCUUGUCUCUUUACGCCUCCGGUCGUACCACUGGUAUCGUUCUUGAUUCAGGUGAUGGUGUCUCUCACACCGUCCCUAUCUAUGAAGGUUACUCCCUUCCUCACGCCAUCCUUAGAUUGGAUUUGGCUGGUCGUGACUUGACUGACUACCUCAUGAGAAUUCUUGCUGAGCGUGGUCACACUUUCACCACCACUGCUGAACGUGAAAUCGUCCGUGAUAUCAAGGAGAAGCUCUGCUAUGUUGCCCUUGAUUUCGACCAAGAAAUGCAAACUGCUGCUCAAUCCUCCGCUCUUGAGAAGUCUUAUGAACUUCCUGACGGUCAAGUCAUUACCGUUGGUAAUGAACGUUUCCGUGCUCCUGAAGCUCUUUUCCAACCUUCCCUCAUUGGUCUUGAAUCCACUGGUAUUCACGAGACCACCUACAACUCCAUCAUGAAGUGCGAUGUUGAUAUCCGUAAGGACUUGUACUCCAACAUCGUCAUGUCUGGUGGUACCACAAUGUACCCCGGUAUUGCUGACCGUAUGCAAAAGGAAAUCACCGCUUUGGCCCCAAGCUCCAUGAAGAUCAAGAUCGUUGCUCCUCCAGAGCGUAAGUACUCUGUCUGGAUUGGUGGUUCCAUUCUUGCCUCCCUCUCCACUUUCCAACAGAUGUGGGUCAGCAAGCAAGAAUACGAUGAAUCUGGUCCUUCCAUCGUUCACCGCAAGUGCUUCUAA